GAAAUAAGAAUCAACUAAAGUUUAAUAUUUCGGUGUUUUUUUUUUCGUCAAAGCUCUGUAAAGAUUUACGUCUUUCAAACAUGGCCAAAAGUGAUCACGAACAUGUAAAACGGCCGAUGAACGCGUUCAUGGUAUGGUCACGUGGUCAGCGGAGAAAGAUGGCCCAAGAGAACCCAAAAAUGCAUAACUCGGAAAUCAGUAAGCGACUGGGCGCGGAUUGGAAACAAUUAUCAGACGCUGAGAAACGACCCUUCAUUGACGAAGCUAAGCGACUGCGAACGCUUCACAUGAAGGAAUAUCCGGACUAUAAGUACAGGCCGCGGCGAAAACCGAAGGUUCCAAUGAAAAAAGAUUCUUCUUUCAUCCCUGUGACGUCAUGUUUCACUUUCUCCCCGGCUUUUGAAUCCCUACGGGGUUUUACGCUACCUACUGCUCAGUCUACAUUUAGUUUACCUUUCCCCCCUGUUAUAGAGAGUGAAAAACCCACAACAGUAAGAACAUUUCCGCUGGACGUUCAUCUAUCUUCCAGUCCCGUUGUCUCUCCACAUUUCACCAACCUUUAUGGCACCAACGUUAAUUUUCCAAAACUCCGAACCGAUUCAACUAACUCUUUAUUCUCUACCACAUCAUGCAGCCUCAUGAGCUACACGUCAUCACCGGCGUCCCCUCUCUACAGUGCGGCAGCAACUGAAAGCUUUCACCGCAGCUCGCUUGCCCUAAUGCCUUGUGGAUGUGGUCCUACUUGUUUACCUGCAUUGAGUGCAGUUCCUUCAACAAGCAACAUCACAACUCUGAAGGAAGGCUUUUGUUUUCCAUACGCGCGCUUUUUAAUGAAACCCGAAGGCAGUUUAACCAAAUAUUUUAAUCCUCCAGCAAUAAUAAGUGGAGCUUCAAGAAGUUAGGCAUAGCAACUUUGAAUAUGACUUAUUUAACUGCAUUACUUUGUUUUAAAAAAAUGAAGAAGAAAUGACAACUGUCUUCAUUUCUAGUCAUUACCGAUGCCAUAUUUCAAAUAGUAACAAUAGACAAUAAUCAUAAGAAAAAAUCAGACAAGAUGACAAAACAGCAAUGUGCUAAUUGAAUGAUGUAAGUUUGAUACCGUCUACUCCUAAGCAAAACAGUUAAAAAAAAAGUCCAGGUGUUGUUUACAAAUUAAAUUAUAUCAUUUUCUGUGGCAUCCAAUAUCCUAUUAAGAAUGAUAUUUUUUAUUUGUAUACAAAUCGAACGUCAUAUUUGCUAAUCAGCUGUUUUGUACUAAACAACAAAUACAGCAGUAAUCUGCGUCAUUGGCUAAAUAUUAAAACAAGCAAAGAACAAUUUGAAUUAAUGCAUAAAAUCUUUUUUUAUUUUCCUAAUAGUUUGUAUGUUUUUUUUUAUAUAUGUUAUUGUGCUGGCUCCUAAGUUCUCUUGUGCGUGUAUGUAUGUAUGUUUAUAACAGUCGUCUUAAUGGCGAUUAAAGAAAAUAAUAGGUAAGAGUGCAAUUAAUUUGGUUGUAGUUUAGCUUUACCCCUUGUGACUAAGUUUUAUUGUUAGACAUAAGCACAAAAUUCCAUGGAGGAAAUGUGGGGAGCUACGUGAUUUUUCGGGUUCUAAUUUUUGCUCAGUGCAUACAAUGUAUGUGCUUUAACGUUCUAUGAGUUCUGAAUAUAAAGUUGUAUAAUUAAAUAAUUUUUCUAAUUUUAUUAAUUAUCAAACCCCGGUAAAUUAGCGCAAAUCUGGUUAUGUCUAACACGUCAGUUUAAUUGGAGUCCGCUUACUUAAUGAAAGGCUAGUUUUGAAAGGAAAUCAAUUACAAAUUGAAGUGAUUUAAUUUCCAUUUUCGAUUAUAUAAUAACUGUAAACCUUUUUUUUUAAGUUUAGUAUUUAACAUACUU